GUAAGCACUCUCUUCUCUCCUAUUAUCUGAGUGGCUGCAGGUACUGGUGUCUGCCUCUAUGCCUCUGUGCCAGAGGGAUAAAGAGGGAAAGAAAGAGGACUAGUGCUUCACAUCCCCCCUUUGGCCUCCCCGUCUCCCUGCUCCCUGCCACUCCAUCCUUCCUUCCUCCCUCCCGGACCACCCGUCAGCGGCUGGAUCAACCCGCCCGGACCCUCCUCCCACAACCCCUUUGACUAUCCUCACUUCACCGUCCUGUCUUGUGAACUGUGUGCAGAAUCUUGGUUGGGAAGAGCAGAAGAAAACCUUCAAAAACUAAUUUAAAAAUAGACCUCCUGUACAGAGAAACGGUGAGGUACACUGGACAGACAGAAGUCCCUCAAGUCUUCUGGAAGUGUGGCAGCACGUGGUCACAUGACCUGGAAGAGAAAACCCAAGAGAUUUCUGGGAUCCCUCUCUGAAUGGGCCGGUUAUCAACCUGGAAAGAAAUCUAAAGGUUGAUGAACUGAUCCGCACAGCGACACAGCUGCGCUCUCUUCCCCUCUUCGUCUGGCCAAUCUCUCCAUUUAUGUCCUGAGCUCCACAACUUUCUGCAACUCUGGUGACUGGUUGGCUGCUGUACCAUCAUUCUCGUCCUACUCCUGGGGAUUUCCUGUCACGUGACCAUAUUCCUGCUUCACCUCCACUCCUAGUAUGGAACUCAACAAAGUCCAGUCAGAGGGUGGGCUGAAUGUGACCCUGACCAUCCGGCUGCUCAUGCAUGGCAAGGAAGUGGGAAGCAUCAUCGGAAAGAAAGGAGAAACUGUGAAGAAGAUGCGUGAAGAGAGCGGCGCUCGCAUCAACAUCUCAGAGGGAAACUGUCCUGAGAGGAUCGUCACCAUCACUGGACCCACAGAUGCCAUCUUUAAGGCCUUCGCUAUGAUCGCAUACAAGUUUGAAGAGGAUAUAAUCAACUCCAUGAGCAACAGCCCAGCCACCAGUAAGCCCCCUGUCACUCUGCGCCUAGUGGUGCCUGCAAGUCAGUGCGGCUCCCUCAUUGGCAAAGGAGGUUCGAAAAUUAAAGAGAUGAGAGAGUCCACAGGAGCUCAAGUGCAGGUAGCAGGGGACAUGCUGCCUAACUCCACAGAGCGCGCAGUGACAAUCUCCGGCACCCCGGAAGCCAUCAUCCAGUGUGUCAAACAGAUAUGUGUGGUCAUGCUGGAGUCCCCACCGAAAGGUGCCACCAUUCCUUACCGCCCAAAGCCCGCCUCCACCCCCGUCAUUUUUUCAGGUGGCCAGGUAAGAGCCGACCCGCUGGCGGCGUCCGCAGCCAACCUCAGCCUUUUACUGCAGCACCAGCCACUGCCUGCCUACACAAUUCAGGGACAAUAUGCCAUUCCACACCCAGAUCAGUUGACCAAGCUCCACCAGUUGGCUAUGCAGCAAACCCCCUUUACCCCCCUCGGACAGACCACCCCUGCUUUCCCUGGUCUGGAUGCCAGUCCCCCGGCCAGUACUCAUGAACUCACCAUUCCCAAUGAUCUAAUAGGCUGCAUAAUCGGGCGCCAGGGAACCAAAAUCAACGAGAUCCGCCAGAUGUCUGGAGCGCAAAUUAAAAUAGCUAAUGCCAUGGAAGGGUCAUCAGAGCGCCAGAUCACCAUUACAGGAACCCCCGCCAACAUCAGCCUUGCCCAGUACCUCAUCAACGCAAGGCUGACGUCUGAAGUCACUGGAAUGGGCACUCUCUAAUUUCUACCCAUGAUCCUUCACUGCAUCACAUGACCCUUGAGCAAAUGGCAUUGCACCUAAUUUGUUUUCUCUCUGUACUUUUGCUGUCCUGUAUUUUCAGUAAUUCUGACUAAUUUCUAUUCUAUAAUGUGCACAUAUUUUAAAUCUCAGUUUGAUGUUCCUGCUACUCAGUCUUUGUUGUUCUCCUGAUGGUCCUUUAAUUAUUCCCUGAUAAUUUUUUUUUAAAAGACACUGCUUUUUUUUUUUUUUUUUUUUUUUUUUUUUGACUCUCUAGUACCUCAUCUCACCGGUGUCCUGUUUUGUCAUAACUUUCACUGUGAAUUCACAUUUUCUGGUCCAUAUUCUGUGGUGUGGUACAACAAAGCCAGUGAAAUCCUCCACUUUCCAAUCUUUCAUUAGGUCAGGUUGAGUUUGUAAUUUUAAAAGUUGCAGUCCUGUGCUUUUCUCCAGGGCUUUGCUCACCGGGUACCUUACAACAGUGCAUCUCAUACAUGAAUAAUGAAACCCACUGAUGGAGUUGGAAUGUUUGCACCACGCCUGUACAAUUUGGUUGCAUUUGUCAUUGUGGCAUGUGGAGUAACACAGAGAAUCCAUUAUUAGCUUCUCCUAUUCACUUUCAUAACCUAUAGAAACAACAAAAUCAGUAUGAAAACAAACAAUAUGAGAAUAAGCCUUGCUCACAUCUUUACUGCAUGUUGAGAUAUUUCAAUUCAGCCUACAAUCUAAGUUUAAUUAAUUGAAUCUAUUACAGCAGGAUUAUUUAUAUAUAUUU